AUGAGUUGUUAUAGUCCAAUGGAGCAGAAGACUGGAAGACUAGAUCAACCGUCAGUCUCAAGAGAAGGGGUGACGACUUCCCGACCAAUCUGGAGAAGCACCGCUCUUGAGAGAAAGUUCUCAUGGCACGUUAUUGAAGCAAGCCCCGAACUCGUUUACUACCAAUGUUACGAGGACUAUCGAUGUGCUAAACUACAAGUACCCAUGGACUGGUGGCGCAACUCCUCACAACCAGGAAAGAAUAUCUCCAUCGCUGUCAUACGGCUACCAGCCAGGGUGUCAGUGACUGACCCACGCUACGGAGGUGCUGUGUUGACAAACCCUGGUGGACCUGGUGGUAGUGGAGUAGCCCAAAUGCUACGCAAUGGACGAGCAACCCAAAUCAUCGUCGACGCAGAAAUGAAUCCCAAUACCACUUCGGUCGGUUCGGAAGCCAGAUAUCACGACAUCAUCAGUUUCGACCCUAGAGGCAUCGCACAUACCACACCAGGUAUACAUUGUUUUCCCGAUUCACUGGCACGUUCGACUUGGACAUUACAGAACGAAGCCCUGGGAUUGCUCGGAAGCUCAGAGGAUUCAUUCCAUCGGAACUGGUAUCGUUCUAGGGCGUUGGCUGAAGGCUGUUCGGUAGCAACUGGUACCACGGAAGAUGGUUCUGAAGCCAUUGGUGAGCAUGCGAAUACAUCACCUGUGGCCAGAGAUAUGCUCGAGAUUAUCGAAAGACAUGCCGAGUGGGUGUCCAAGCAAGUCUCUUCAGAGACAAGUCCAGGAGUUGCUGAAAGACUUCGCUAUAUCAAAGGCGAGCCUAAAAUCAAGUACUGGGGCAACAGCUACGGCACCAUUAUUGGUCAAACCUUCGCAUCCAUGUUUCCAGACCGGAUAGAUAGGAUGGUCCUCGAUGGCGUCUGCAACGCCCAUGACUACUUCUUCGGCUCCUGGUUCAGCAAUCUCUCCGACGCCGAUCUAAUCCUCGAGCGCUUCUUCUUAUAUUGUUAUUCAGCCGGACCCGAAAAUUGCAGUUUCUACUCUGCUUCCGGUGCCGCUGCAAUCAAGCAGAACUACAAAGACCUCCUAAGCCACAUCUUCGAGCAUCCCAUGGUUGUGCCGAGCUCGCGAACCAGAGGACCGGAUGUCAUUACUUGGUCUGAUGUAAAGAGUAUGGUUAGAUUGGGAAUGUACCAACCACUCAUCUAUUCGCCGAUGGUAGCGGAUCUACUCACUUCGAUCUCUUCUGGAAAUGGCAGCUUGUUUGCCGAUUUCAAAGCCAUGUCGAACACUUUUACCUGUCCUGGUGAUGAAUGCACCUCUGCUGGCCCUUUCAGUGAUGAGUGCAAUCAAGAUGACAAUGGCGCUGAUGCUACACUUGCCAUAUUGUGCACUGAUGGUCCUGGUCUUGGGGAUAUCGAUGAAGAGAGUUUCCAGGAAUACUGGCAUGCUUUACAGCAGCAAAGCCAAGUGUUGGGAGACUGGUGGGCACACACACGACUAGGAUGUGUUGGGUGGAAGACAAAAGCGAAGAAUAGAUUCGAAGGCCCCUUCGCUGGCAACCUGUCUCACCCAAUUCUGUUCAUUGGGAAUACCCUGGAUCCGGUCACCCCACUAGCAAAGCAAGUUGCAAAAGAAAUGGCCCACAACUUCCCUGGCUCAAUAGUCCUACAACAGGAUUCCGAGGGUCACACAUCAUGGUCUUCCCCCUCCCUCUGCACAGCAAAAGCAACCCGCCACUACUUCCAAUCCGGCCUUCUGCCACCUCCAAACACAAUCUGCGAAACCGACCAUAAACCCUUCAUCAACACUUCUUCCCCAUUAGCACUCUUGACACUCGAAGAUAAGGAGUUGGUGGAAGCGAUGAAAGUCAUGGAGGAUACAGUAUUGCAAAACAUAGGAUUUAAACGGACAAGUGGUGGAUUCUAAAAGAAAAGAGGAGGAAA